AUGGUUUCCAAAUGGGACGACAGGAGAUACCGAUCCAAAAUAAUCAUGCAGCUUCAUUCAAUGUCCACUAGAGCCAAUAUUGACGUGAUAGAAUACAUAGUUGACAUGUUCAUAAAGGAAAGAAAGUUGUCUCAGGGUAUUUUGUUCCAAUUUUUGCCAAGCAUAUGCUAUCACUUGAAUCUCACUGGAUGUGACCAUCUUCCCAACUCUUUGUUGUGUCAGAUCAGUUUUUACUGUAAAAACCUUGUUGUUCUAGUUCUUGAUGGAUGCAGGCAAUUGUCGAACGAUAGUCUGCAGUCAAUCCUUCAGAAUUGCUGGAAGCUGGAGGUGUUAUCUCUGAAAGGCUGUUUUCUCAUAACAGACGUGCCGUUUACCUCCUCUUGUUCCCUCUUCUAUGGACUGCACGCCCUGGUUUCUCUUCGCAAACUGUGUCUCUCUCGCUGUUCCCAGCUUUCUGGUGAAUUUGUGGUGAGCGUGGUGAAGAACUGCCGGAAGCUUCGGUCGCUGGACAUUUCCUACUGCCGCCACGUCACCCAGGACGCCUUGCUGAAGCUGCUCUCGCUGUUCUACACAGAGCUAAACGUCAGCUACGUCCCUGCUGUGAACGAUGUGGUGCUUCGACAGCUUCAAAGUCGCUGCGAGUUCCUGGUUUCGCUUCAGAUCGCACACACUUCCAUUACGGACGAGGGAUUCAAAGGCGUGUUACAGCGUUGUCCCCAACUGCAGCAUUUGGAUAUCAGCAACUCGGCGCAACUCACCGACGCGACGCUGUGUCACUGUGCUUUGUAUACGCCGAGACUGCAGUCGAUUAUUCUGGAUAACAACUCGAUCACGGAUCUGGGAGUCACAUGUUUGCUGAGUGGGUUGUCGCUUCGGUUGCUUUCUGUGGCGUUUUGCUGCAACAUCACGGAUAAAAGUUUCGCGUGCAUCGGAGAGAAGUCGGAAUCAAAGCUGAAGGAGGUGAACGUGAUGUGGUGCGGGAAGCUGACCGAUGAAUCGAUCCGCAGACUGCAGCGAUGCAAGAAGCUCGCACGGAUCGGAGUGAAGGGAUGUGUAUUGUCCACGCCUGUGCUUCACUCGUGCGAGGAACGGGGAGUCAUUCUGUUUUAG